AUAGUAGUGGAAAUCGGAACUUUGUAUCGGACAAGCGCACGCGUACGGUAGCGCUGGGAAAAAGAUUCACUCCGUUUCACGAGAUCGUGUCGGGGAGUUGGAAUAAAAUGUGUGAAACGCGUUCGUGUCACUAAUUAGCAAAUACCUAAAUAAACGAAUGUAGAUCGAGUUUAGUUGUUAUAUUUCGAUACUCUUCUUGAAAUAGGAUACUUCAGCGGCGUGUAACUGCAUAAGUAUGAGUGCGUGUAUGUACGAAUGCGGUCGAAUAAUUGUACAUAUCUGCUUCUCGAUGUAAUCCCCUAACUUUAAACGGAGGCUCAAUCAUUCCGUAAAAUAUCAGUUAUCGCCGGUUUAGAAAACAGUUCAAUUGGUCAUCAUAGUCGAGCUCAGCAAUAUUUUAUAAAGCGUAUAAAUUAUCACGGCAAGCAUAAUCAUGCCGAAAUUUAAUAUUGACGUUAAGUACCUAUCACAGGAGCACCUCACGGGCUUCGAGAAUUAUAAGUACAGUUCAUUGGAUACGAGCCCUCUGAGCAUUUAUUUAAUGCACCCGUUUUGGAACAAAGUCGUACAGUACUGUCCGAAAUGGGUUGCUCCAAACGUACUGACUUUUUCUGGAUUUCUCUUCACCGUCGUCAACUUCUUGAUGUUUGCCAAGUACGAUUAUUACUUUUAUGCCUCCAGCGACGAUCACCCUAGUCCUCCUAUACCUAAGUGGGUGUUUGCGUUGGCUGCCUUCAAUAUAUUCAUGGCUUAUACCCUUGACGGUAUUGAUGGGAAACAGGCAAGACGAACCCAAACAUCCGGUCCAUUGGGAGAAUUAUUUGAUCAUGGACUUGACAGUUGGACGGCAAUGUUAAUAACUGUUUGCAUGUAUUCGGUAUUCGGUAGAACCGAUCACAGCGUUUCUCCUCUUCGAAUGUAUUUUAUUUUAUGGAAUGUUUUUGUAAAUUUUUAUCUCAGUCACUGGGAAAAAUAUAACACCGGAGUACUUUUUUUGCCUUGGGGUUACGACGCCUCGAUGCUGGCGACUAUCAUCGUGUUCAUACUGACGAGCAUAGGUGGACACAAAGCAUGGAAAUUCAUGUUGCCAGGUGGAAUUUCUGCAGGAAUUAUGUUCGAAAUGUUGCUUUACGUGAGCGCUAUAGUCUCGAAUCUGCCGGUUGUACUGUGGAAUAUUUAUAAAUCUUACAGAGACAAAACUGGAAAAAAUCGAACUCUGGUGGAAGCAGUAAGGCCUCUCGUGCCUCUAGCUGUACUUAUGGCUAUUGCUACUUUUUGGGUGACACAUUCGCAGAUCGACAUACUUGAUAAAGAUCCAAGAAUCAUAUAUUUUGCUAUCGGAACGAUAUUCUCAAAUAUUUGUUGUCGAUUGAUCGUAUCACAAAUGAGUAACACCAGAUGCGAAGUUUUACCAUGGAUAUUGUUGCCCGUUGCCGCAGCAGCAAUCUUUUCCUACAUCUUGCCGAGCUACGACCUUGAAAUCAUGUACUUUGUAGCUAUUUUUGCUUUGGCUGCCCAUAUACACUACGGCACGUGUGUGGUCCGCCAAAUGUGCCAUCACUUUCGAAUCCACACAUUCCGCAUAAGAGAGCACUCCGAAUGACUGCUUGCCGACGAUGCAUGCUAAAAACGAAGAGAGAAUGAAAACCAACAUCCGAUGGCAAAAAGGAAGCGAAUAUGAGAUAAACGGAAGAAAGAAGAACAGUGGGAAUAUACGAGACCUAAAAAGUUUGCUCGUUUAUUUGUCUAAGCGAAUUACUGACGUAGAGGCACACUUUACUGGUGAUAGCGUUCCUUGGAAUCAUUUGUUUUCUUUCACUCAAUUACGAAAUUAGGACGAAAAGACAAGAAAUAGGGAUUCUUGACUCAGGCGUGUGGUUCGAAUGAAAAAUCAAUGAAAUCCAUAUCGUGACAAAAUAAUUAUUGCGAAAAACAAGGAUAAAAGAUUUGAUUCCAAUCGAAAAACUAUUCAAAAUAUCGUAUUUUUUCGCAGAAUUAUUUAUCGUUAUUUCGUGUUGUCUAAUAUGAGUAACGCAAAUUCCGUAUCGUUUGAAUCAUUCUAUAACGAUAAACGAACGACAAUUUGGAGGUAUUUGUGACUCUCGCCAUGUUCACCAAGCCAUGAAAUAUCUUGUUUUACGAAUUACAAAUUUUUUAACUACGCGUAGAUUCUCCAAGUCGUAUUUACACAUAUUCACCUGUUGCUUUUUCGUCAAGAGCGACAAAAAUAUUCAAUUGAAUUAUUUUUCGGUAUUUUAGUUGAACCUCCGAUUGCUGGGAUGUUAACCUUUUUGUUCUGUUUUCACUAGUCUGUUGUCUCUGUUCGUACGGGUAACAAUGACUUUCUUACUGCCAGCCUUGAAUUUGGUUUUUAGACUAUGUCUAGAGUUAAAAGCACACUCUUCGUUUUCAUCGUGCAUCGUCCCUCGGACGACUUUUUAUAGAUAACAUUUUUAUGGUUUGUUUAUUUGAUUUUUGGAUUUAUCACCUGCGAUCAAAUGUACGUACGACUGUUUUUUUUUCAUAGAUGAUAACGAUCGGGACUGUAUGGGUCCGAUUUAGACGAAUGGCCGUUUGAACAACGUCAAAUUUCCGUUAUAUACAUAUGGCACAACGAAAGUUUGUCGUUUAUUCAAUAUCGCUAUUCAGCAGCCAAAAUGGCGAGCUUGCAACCUUUUUUUAUUUGAAUAAGCUAGUCGCUAAGUUGUAUGUUGCGAAAUGAAUUAAUUAGUACACAGAAUUACGAUUUUACUGAUCGCAACAAUGUGUAAUGAAUGAAUGCAAGUGAUGAACGAGGCUUUACGAAAAAAAAGACGAACACAUGACAGUGAGCGAAUCAAGAUGUUUUGGAAGGAAAAAUGUAAGGAAAGCAGUCGCAUAUCGCCGUGAAAUAUUAUUUAUGUAAAGAUAAGACAAAUAUUGGAAAACCAUCACGUUCAAGUAUAUGAGAGUGCGGCAGGGCUCGCGUUCGCUUCCUUUUUUUAGUACUUGGCACGAACUACUACCGCAGCUUUUGAUGAUGGAUGAGAAUUGCAGCGAAAUGCGAUCGAACCUAGUAGCCUGAAGAUAUACCGUGUAAUUACUGCGUCUUGGAUUCUUUAGUCUGUUUUUUUUUGUCAAGAGAAUUCGAAUGAGAAUUAAUCGCCAAACCGAGCCACCGGUGGUGGCUUUGGCUGAACACCGAAAAGAUCUGAACAAGAAAUGUUUUUUAUUUUUUGUGAAAUGAAAAAGUAGCUUUUUUCUUCGACAAUAAUUUAAAGCUCACUAUCGCUGUGUAAAUUUAGAUUUAUCUCUCUCUCUUUCUCUCUGUUAUGAAUAACGAUUUUGAUGGGAAAUUAAAUUCAUUUUAGGCGAAAAACACUUUCAACCCUUGAACCAAACACUCAUUCGAGCACCUUUAAACCGUACACACUUGUGUUUUCAAGGUGAGAAUGAAAUCCAAAAUGGCAUAAGUAGAUGAUUUCGGAGUGAAAUUUCUUGUCCAAUCACGUGGUUGUAAUGAAAUUGGACAUCGAUGAUUACGGACGACAAAAGAUUAUUUGAAAAAAAUGAUCUUGAAUAAUCCUCUGUAAUUUGAAUUUUGCCGAUGCGAAUUCGCACUAAUGUAUGGUUUAAAGGUUGAACGACUUCAAUUAUUUCUCUUCCCGCAAUGUUUGGUCGCACUGUUUAUCAAAAGUUGCUUGUAAAUGACCUCCCAUCAUUUUUUUUUACUCAUGCAAACAAGUUUAAAAAAAUGGGAAUCUACGUAAAAAAAACGAUCAAAAUUACUGUUACAGUAUUUGUUGGACUGUUUCUAGUGUUUUUAUUCCAUUCGCAGUGUAAUAUACUACGCGAUGGUGCGCAUUGCGGCUCGGUCGAUAGAAUGGUCAAAAGAUGGGACACAAUGAAAGAGCGAUAAGAUUUCAUGAUCUGCAUAACCGAGCUACAGAGUACAAAUGAUAUUGAAAAAUUUACAAAGUUUUUGGGGAUGAAUUAGUCUUGUUUCGGAGCCAAAAUUUCUGUCGGAUCAAAAUUCGAAACUAAUCUGUCGAAAAUCUAAGAAAAAACACAAUCAUUGAAACUUCACGGGUAUUGAAUUUUAAUAAAGGUAUUUUGUAGAAAUUUAUCUUCAUACUAUUUGUAGAAAAUAUUGUUUGAUAAAUAUCGUUUUGCUUGUAAGAGGAAUUUCAGAAAGAUGCGAAAUUGCCAAAUGAGUCCAAAGUAUUGGAGAUAUUUUUAUGAAUUUUUUUUUUUUUUACGAUAAAAAGAAUAUCGUCAUUUUUUUCUAACAAUUCUUUGAUGAUUUCAAAAUGUUUUGAAAAUUACCUAAUAAAAAUCAAUCGAACGAAAUUAUUGGCAGUUACUUGUGCGAUUCAUCUUUGAACUCCAACUUUUGCAUCUUCUACUGACGAUAAAAUGACCGCGUUCUUGUUAGCUUCAAAAUGGAUUUUUAACUGCUGCUAAAUUUUCAUAUUCUCAACACCAAAAACUAACUGUAAUCCAUGAAAAAAAAAAGCACCGAAAUGAUCAUUAUUAUUAUUUUGUUUGUCAUGGCUCAGCGUAUAUACACAAUAAUUUUUUGUCCUGGAACAUUUCCUUCCUGUAUGGUUGUCUUAUACCCAGUGUUAUUCGAAAGACAUGUUGUUUGAAUUGGAACUGGAUGGAAAAAUGGAAUUUGACACUGUUAUGUCGGUGUUGUUAUCGGUGACAGAAAGUUAACGGAUCUUUGAUUUGUAAACGUUAGGAAAAUAUGUCGGCACAAAUCGUGCACUUUUAGAUCGAUAUACACGACUAUGAAGAACCUUGUAUUAUUGAAACAAGUAAUAAGCUUUUGACGAUCAAUUAAUCGCGUUUAAAAGAAGAGAGGAGAUAAUUCUUUCGAUCAGAGUCGAAUGAGUGAUACGGUAUCAUUGCAACUGAGAAGAAUAUGUACAAACUAGUCUCAAAAAACUAAUGAAAUCUCUAUCUAUAAACGAUGUAUUAUAUUCUCCAAAAGUGUGUGGCUCAAGACAAACUGUGUAUAUAUAAAUCUAUGAAAAUAAGAAUCAUUAUGCGUGAAUGCGAUAUGUUUCGAUCUUUCUGAACAGCCGAGAUCGUGAGAUAAUGUAUAAUGUUCAUCGAAAAAUGAUGGAAACUGAAUUUAGGCCUAUCUUAUAAACAGAAUGUUACCAAAUGUAAGCUGUGAGGUGAUAUUUUUCUUUUUAUUUAAUCACCUAUUUUUCUUGUAAUAAAUUUGUGCUGCGUUGA